CCUGGAUUGUUGAUGAAUAUACUUGGGGAUUCGUGAUUCUCGUGUCCCUUGAUGCGGUGCGAGAUUCAUGGGGAUUUGGGGCGAGGAAGAUUGGGGUGCGAUUCGGGGGGAUCAUGCCUCGGAUUCUUGGGGUCGUCGGGGAUGCGGUGAUUGAAGGAGAAGACGGUGGAGAUAGAGAGGGAGGGGGAGGCUUCGGAUUUCAAAAAUAGACUUGGCUCGUUCGAUACUGCCAAUUCUUUUGGUGCUGAUUUUGAGUUGCUAAGAACCCUUGAUUGAUGCAAAUCUUAAUUUUGUUUUAUGUGGAGCACCAGUGUUGGGGAUAUCUUGUUAAACAUCCAGUUCCCCUGACAUGCAUGAACUGUUCAGUAUAGGAUUCCCAUCUUAUGCAGCUAUGUUUUCUCUAUUUACAUUGUUUUCUAUCAUGUGUUAUGUUUGCAACAUUUCCCUAUGCUUUGAUUGAUAAUAUGUAUUUUGAUGUUUUUGCCUAAUUUAUGUUUACCUUUGUUUCGUAGGAACUUGUCAAAUCUUGGUCUGAAGGGAAUGUUAUCUCCUGAGAUUGGACAGCUUACUAAUAUGCAUUUUCUUGUACUGCACAGGAACUUGUUCUAUGGUAUUAUCCCUAGAGAGAUGGGAGAUUUACGAGAGCUGAAGGUGCAGGAUCUGUGGUACAAUAACUUCAAUGGAUCAAUUCCAUCAGAGCUAAUAAACAUUUUAUCCCUGGAAUUUAUCUUUCUUAAAAGAAACAGACUUUAUGGUGAUUUACCUCUUGAACUAAAUGAGCUCAUCAGUCUGUGUGAGUCUCAGGUUCGCCACGGCAGGACUUUCUCAAAUAGGAUGCCUGCUGCAAGGUUGUGGAAAAACGGAUGUAGCAUUCCUUCUACAAGUUGUCAUGAGUUGGGACAUAGAAGAAGAGAGCCGACGAGAAGUUGCACAGCGGUUUGCUCCGGUGUCGCUUCCAAUGGCGUUGCGCAAAGUGCAGAUUGCAGGCUAGAUGCGUAUGAGUCCAUCCCUACGUCCACGGUGUCGAAGCAUAGGAAAUCAAGUCAAUUAGAUAGUAUAUCUGGUUAUGAAAGUGUCUUUUGUGUACGCAGUUUUGCCAUUAUUUUGUAAAAGCUUUGAGUUUUUGAUAAUGUAAUUGUCUUACUAAUAACACUUUUAAUCAAUUCGUACCAAGGCUAAUAGCCAAGUUAUGCACAAAUUGUUCAUGUUUUCUUGA